GCUGUGGGCGAAGGAAAAGGCCUGGCCUGCUGCCUCUUCUCUUGCAGCAAAAUCCGCUGCUGUGAAGGAGCUGGUAGGCGGCCGCUCUAUAGAUAGAGAAUCCCUGAUCUGCCUGGGCAUCAUCUUGCUCUUUAUGACCUGCUUGGCUGCCACUGUGUAGGGCCUGCUUAAAGUCCUUUGCACUCUCAGCAUUGCCCUCAAGUUCAAGGACAAGCUUCUCAUUAUGGCAGGCAUAAAACUCUUUAUAAUUCGUCCUCCACUCUCCCAGCUCAGGGCUCCAGCUGUUGUCUCACACUUCCUUGAAGUUCCCUCUGCUGAGUCACCCUUGUGCCUGACCAACUUACUUACUAAAAUAAAAAUCCCAAUGUCUUUCCAGUCAUGUGUGCCCAAGGGCGAGUUAUUUAACUUUUCUGAGCUUUCCUCAGUAAAACGAAGCUACAUAUCUUGCAAGGAUGUGAUAUUAAAGUUAUGAUAUUGUAAAACAGCUGCCACGGUGCUUGGCCUAGGAUGAGCCUUCAACCUAGAACAUACCACUGUCCCCAAGCACCUUGCUCACACACCCAAUCCCAGACUUUUCUUUUGUAGUCACCUUAGUUAUCACCUCAUUAAAUAACCUGAUUAUCCCAAGUACAGCUUAAGUGACUUAAGUUAUUUUCGAUGGCUAGCGGAAGGGUCUCCGCUACAUUGGAGAGCUGGGGUGGUCUGGAGUUCCACGGUGUGGUGGGCCAGAGGCCACCUCUCCUGCGGCCUCUUAGUGUCUCGCGGCGGGGUUCGGCCCGAGCUAGAUAGACACAGCCCUUGGCGGAUUUAAACAACCUAAACAUGAAACAAUACAGCUGCCUCAAAUCUUUGGGAAUUUCAGAAUGACUGACACUGCCAAAGCUGUUCCAAAUUUUGAAGAGAUGUUUGCUAGUAGAUUCACAGAAGAUGACAAGGAGUAUCAGGAAUACUUGAAACGCCCUCCUGAGUCCUCUCCAAUUGUUGAGGAAUGGAAUAGCAGAGCUGGUGGGAACCAAAGAAACAGAGACAAUCGGUUGCAAGAUAGCAGACAGUUCAGAGGCAGGGACGGCAGAUGGGGGUGGCCAAGUGACAGUCGAUCCAAUCAGUGGCGUGGACAAUCCUGCAGUAACAAUUACCCGCAACACAGACAAGAACCUUACUAUCCCGACCAAUAUGGACAUUACGGUUACAACCAGCCGCCCCCUUACGAUAGAAAUGUUGGCAGCUUUUAGUAAAAGCAUUUACUCUGUUACCACGACAAAAGUUUGGGUGUCUUCUGUCGGUCAUAGUUGGGUUUUUUUGUUGUCGUUUGUUUGUUUGUUUUUGAGACGGAGUCUCUCUCUGUCGCCCAGGCUGGAGUGCAGUGGCGCGAUCUCGGCUCACUGCAAGCUCUGCCUCCCGGGUUCAUGCCAUUCUCCUGCCUCAGCCUCCCGAGUAGCUGUGACUACAGGAGCCCGCCACCACGCCUGGCUAAUUUUUUGUAUUUUUAAUAGAGACAGGGUUUCACCGUGUUAGCCAGGAUGGUCUCGAUCUCCUGACCUCGUGAUCCGCCCGCCUCAGCCUCCCAAAGUGCUGGGAUUACAGGCGUGAGCCACUGCGCCCCGCUCAGUCAUAGUUUUACAUCUGAUUUUACAGAAUGGAUUAUUGAUUUUUUGGAAGUUGAGACUUUAAAAAAAAUACAUCUUACUUGCGAGAUGCGAUGGUUGCUGGGAAUACCUGAAAUUGUGGAUUAUAUUGCUUGACUUCUACCUCAGAGUCUUCGUUUCAUGACUUAAUAGUGCUUUGAGUUUGGUAUAUUUUUCUUAUCUGACCUCCAGGAAUUCUUCGUUUUACACAGAUAUAAAAAUUUUAAAAUAGAAAAUGCUUGCUUUUACUUUGUAAGGUAAGAGAGUAUCCAUAUGCUUAGAUGUGCUCGUUUCUAAAAUUCUAGAGGUUAAUACAAUCAGCUCAUGAAUGCACAGCUAUGCUUCUUGUGAUAGAUUGUACGUAACAUCAGCAGUUGAAAGGUAAAACAAUUGCUUUUGUUACGUGACUAUGGUACUUUGUGAUUCCUUACUCUAUAAUGAGUCGCUCCACAUUUAUUUGGGUCUCUUUUUAGAGGGAAAUCAGUAAUAAAGCUGUAAAAUAAAGAAGGAAAAAAGUUGUUUUUGAUGUAUUUAUCCUAAGGUAUUACAUUGUAUUGUAAUCAUUUAAAUAUCAGUCUCUCCUUUAAUAAUAGCUAACAUUUAUCAAGUGUUCAGUAUUUACCACUUUAUACAUUGUUCAUUUAAUUCACACAAUGACUAUGAGGGAGGGAAUAUUAUUUCCAAAUUGUAGUUGAGGAAACUGAGGUACAGAAAGGAGAAGUAACUUACUUAUGAUUAGGUAACCAGGAAAGAGGCAGACCCGAGAACACACACUGUGAGCCAAUAUGUUACAGUAACCUAUAACAGUGUUAACACUAAGGCUGGGCUGGUGUGGUGGCUCACACCUGUAAUCCCAGCACUGUGGGAGGCCAAGGCGGUUCGAGACCAGCCUGGGAAACAUGGUGAAACCCCAUAUCUACAAAAAAAAAAAUUAGCUGGACAUGGCGGCAUAGAUCUGUAGUUCGAGCUACUCAGGAGAAUGAGGUGGAAUGAUCGCUUGAGCCCCUGAGACCAAGGUUGCAGUCAGCCGAGAUUGCACCACUCCACUCCAGCCGGGAAGAAGACUAAGACUGCUGUCUGCAAAAACAGUCUUAGAGUCUUAAGGGGACUUCAUUUUUAAGUCACCAUCUACCAACCUCUUCCACUUCCCCCACAUUCAUUAAAACACACACGCGCGCGCACGCGCAGGCACACACACACAUACACACUUUAGAACUUGGAACUUGGUAAAAUUGAGGCGAGCCAAUUACCAAACUUGCAUUUUAUCUAACACCAUCAUGGGUAACUUCAGUGGCCACGUACUUAACACCCUUAAUCUACGUCCCACACCCUGGAAUUUAUCACUGAAACAUUGUGACUCCAAAAUCUGAACUUCUCCUGAAUAGAGUAGCCUAUUUAUUUAUUUAUUUGUUUGUUUGGAGACAGAGUCUUACUCUGACGCCCAGGCUGGAGUGCAGUGGCACGAUCUUGGCUCACUGCAACCUCCACCUCCUGGGUUCAAGUGACUCUCGUGCCUCAGCUUCCCAAGUAGCUAGGAUUACAGGCAUGUGCCACCAUGCCCAGCUAAUUUUUGUAUUUUUAGUGGAGACAAGGUUUUGCCAUAUUGGCCAGGCUGGUCUUAAACUCUUGACUUCAGGUGAUCCACCUGCCUCACCCUCCCAAAGUUCUCCGAUUACAGGCGUGAGCCACAAUGCCUGGCCACAAACUGUUUUUCAAAACAGUACAGUAUAGUGAGUAAAAGCACUAGCUUAUGCAACAGGUUGGUUUUGUGUGCUGCAGCUAACCUCAAAGUUGUAAGGAUUAAAUUAGAUAAUAAAGUGCUUUUAGUAACAUGCCUGGCACAGUUCAUUGAUUCAAACAUUGAACAAAAUUUUUUUUUAGUUAUACAUACUACUGUGUACCUUUGGAAAAAUUAGAACUUAACAGAUGAGGCUAAGUUUGAGACUUCCAGUACUUUCCUUCUCUGCAUACUCUUCAGAGGUAACUGGGAUCAUGCUCUGGGAGCAUGUCUUUCCACGUCUUUUUCUUUGCUUUUAUAAAUAUAUCUGUUUCCAUAGAAAUGCUUGUAUGUAGAGGGGGCGCGGUAUCGUGCUGGAUUUGUUAUUGGCACUUUUUUGCUUGACCUACCUUGGAUGGCUCUCUAAUUGUUACAGCUUUUACCUUUUAACUAUUACUCAGUAUUCUUACUAAGGUAAGACUAUACUGAUUUUGUUUAUAUUUCUCUAGUAAUAGGCCAGGCGUGGUGGCUCAUGCCUAUAAUCCCAGCACUUUGGGAAGCCAAGGCAGGUUGAUCACCUGAGGUAAAGAGUUUGAGACCAGCCUGGCCAACAUGGUGAAAUCCAAUCUCUACCAAAUAUAAAAAUUAGCCAGGCAUGAUGGCAGGUGCCUGUAAUCCCAGCUACUCGGGAGGCUGAGGCAGGAGAAUUGCUAGAACCCAGAAGGCGGAGGUUACAGUGAGGCGAGACCACCCCAUUGCACUGCAGCCUGGGCAACAAGAACAAAAUUCCUCAAAAAAUAAAAAUGUAAAUAAAUAAAUAAAAAUAUUUCUUUAGUAACAGACAAUUUUGAUAUUUUAAUAUUUUGCUUUUUAUAUUCUUGUGGUUACAUUCUUAUUAAAGAAUGCAUUUUUAUUUAGAUUUGAAGUAAAUCUUGUGUAUUAUUUGUUCCAGCACAUCUUUUGCUUUAUAACUUACUGCAUCGUGAUUAUGAUUAUUAUUUUAAACAGCUGUUACGAUUUUGAAGGAGGAGCCUAAAGGCUAAGUGGCAGUAUCUCUUCUUUAGCUUAAUAACUAGUAGUUCUAAUUUGCUAUUUUAUACUCUUAGCACAUCACACAAGUGAGUGAUGAGGAAGAGGAUGAUGAUGGCUGUGACCUUUUUGCUGACUCUGAGAAGGAGGAGAAAGAUAUUGAGGACAUUGAAGAAAAUACUAGACCUGUAAGGAAGGCUGGUUGCUAUCACUUGGCAGGGUUUUAGAACCAAUGACUUUUUUUAUUUUUUAUUGUGACUUACUUUGUACAUCUCUCAUUUUUGCAUAUUUGUCAUUUCAUUUACACUUUGGAAAAUAAUGGCAAGCAUCUCAAAUUGCCUCACAAGUACCACUUUCUUGUCCAGAUGUUAUGAUUUUAUGAGUCAGAUCAUUCAGAAUAUGUCUGGUUCCAGAGUUUGAAGACCGUAGUGCUCCUGUCUCUCUGCCCAUGACCUUUUUCUUAUUUUCUUAUUUAGAUUUUUAAGUAUUAAAGUCAAGUAUUAAAAAAAAUAAGGAAAUAAAGGGCAUCUCCCUUUGAAGGAACAUUUUGAGUCCUAUUCCUUGGGUGAGCUGUAUAGGGUACAUAUGUUUAAGUUCAUUUAAUUAAACUCUGUUUUCUCCUCAGUUCAAUUUCUUUGCUCUUGUAUACAUAAUGUUGUUAGAUGUCCAAAGUGAAGUGUACUAGUUUGUUACAAAAAAGAGAUUCUUUUGAUUUCUCCUGCUUUAGAAAAGCAGACCUACUUCGUUUGCAGUGAGCUGGUUGCCCGCAUCAAGGGGGAUGCCGUGGGCCGAGCGGACGAGGAGCCGACAAGUGAGCCCCAGCCGCGUUGACGGGGAGUAGGGGAGGGGUAGUGCAGAGCCCUCUGCUGGCUUCACCAAAGGUGGAUUUCCCUUUUUAUUAGUAAUUACUACAGCAGAAGAGGCUUAAAUUGUAGCGCUUAUUCCUUUUUUGGUUAAUGGGCUCCUUUAGAUAACUGAACACUGUGGAAUCACAAGAAAAACGUACAUGUACACAUGUAGAUAACCCUUUACAUAUAAUUUCAGGAGAUUAAUGGAAACUCCAGAGAACCAUGGGCAACAGCUUAAGAAUUCCUGGCUGAAUAUUUACUCCUAUAUUUUGAACAAAUAAGAAUGUGCUAUAUAGCAUAUUCUAGUUAUAAGAGAGUAGAAAGAUAACAUAAUAAUUCUUUCAACAAAUACAAUCCUGUUAUGCACAUGAGCCUGGGAUGAAAGCAGAAGCCUUCUGCCUUACAAAGAGACUCUUAAGUGCCCACUGUGGGCAGGGCAGGGGGUUCAGUGCAGCUGAGAUGGAAGGCAGACGUCUUGCUCUUACCUGUGAGUUAUGAGGAUGACAGACGUGGAAAGAACCAGGAUGUGUAUACUGAGGGAGGACUUAGUACUACUAAAACUGUGAACUGUUCUUCAAGCCUUACCCUCAGGAGAAGGAAAACUUCGGAAGACACUCAAGAGAAGAAGGAAAGGAGAACUCCUUCAGACGAUGAAGAGGAUAACUUAUUCGCACCCCCGAAGCUGACCGAUGAGGACUUCUCACCAUUUGGCUCUGGAGGCAGCCUGUUCAGUGGGGGCAAGCGGCUCUUUGAUGAUGAGGACGAGGAGAGUGACCUCUUCAUGGAAGCCCCGCAGGAUCGGCAAGCUGGAGCCUCUGUUAAGGAGGAGGGAGACACGGAUGUGCUGCCUCCGUUCCAUCACUGAAGGAGCCACAGAAGCCUGAGCAGCCCACUCCAAGGAAAAGCCCCUAUGUUCCCCCUCCCACUGGCCUGUUUGAUGAUGAUGAUGGUGAUGAUGAUGACGACUUUUUCUCGGCACCCCACAGCAAGCCUUCCAAAACAGGUUACCUUACCUUCCAGCAAAAAUCUCAAGCCCUCAUCAGAAACAAACACUCAAAAAGGCUUAUUUUAGGAUCAGGAGGACUCUGAGGAUUUGUUUUCUUCUCGAAGUGCGAGUAAGUUAAAAGGUGCGU